AUGGACGGGAAGGGCAAAGACUCGAGCGGGCCAGCUCUUCUGGAUGGCAGGAACAUGGACGACCUCGUCGGUUUAGAGGACAACAAGGAGGAGAGCAUUCGAGUCUGCACUCGUAUGCGUCCCCUCUUCCCUAAGGAGGUCGAGGCUCGGCACGUGAAAGCAUGGAAGGUCGACCGGAACACUUUGGAUCUCGUUGUGGAGCCUCCUUCGCAACUGGAGAUGGAAGAGAGCCGCUAUGCAGCUGCAGGAAAAUCCGUGGCUGGGACGAUGAAGAAAGCUGUGGAGAAGACACAAGGGCAGAAAGACAUUAUUCAGAGACACUUCGUUUUUGACCGCUGCUUCGAUGACAACACUCACAACGCUGAGGUCUUCGACUAUGUUGCGAAGGAUAUCGUUCUGGAUUGUUUCAAAGGGAUUAACGGAUGCGUUUUUGCCUACGGACAGACAGGUUCUGGAAAGACGCACUCGAUUAUGGGAGUUGCUGACGACCCUGGUAUUCUGCCGCGAUCGCUUGCCGAGUUUUUCGACUGCGUCACGGAUCCCUCUUUGCUGAAGGAGGAAGAACGGGAAAUGAAGAGACAACAGGGCGAGGAAGGCGAAUCGAAUGGAAAAGAAGAUCGGGACGAAGCUGAAUCUGAAAAUGAGAACACGGAAUAUCUGAUGCGUGUUUCGUACGUCGAAAUCUACCUGGAGAGGGUGAACGAUUUGCUGCAAGAAUCGCCCAAGGGCGGAGCCGUCGAGAAUCUGGAAGUUAAGGAAGACCCGAAGAGAGGGUUUGUCGUUGUCGGUCUGCACGAGGAGACAGUGGCCACAAUGGAGGAAGCAAUGAGUUUAAUUGCUAAGGCUGAGCAGAGAAGACAUUUUGCGCGGACGAACUUCAACGAGACGUCGUCCCGGUCUCACGUCGUUUUCUCCAUCACCCUCGAGUCCACACGCACGUUCGAGGACGGCUCGAAUGUAAGCCGACGAGGAGAGCUGAAGAUCGUCGACCUGGCAGGAAAUGAGAAGGCUGGUCGCGCGUCGGAGGGCGUCGAGAACGCGAAGCUUGUUAUGGAAGAAGGCAAAGCCAUCAACAAGUCCCUUUUCCUCUUGUCCGAGGUCAUUUCGAAGUUGUCCAAACAAGCUCAGCUGCAGGCUGAAGGGAAACAGAAGAAGGGAGACAAGGAAGUGUACAUUCCAUGGAGAGACUCAAAACUCACAAGGCUGCUGCAGAAAGCUCUCGGAGGCAACAGUCGGGCGUCUGUGCUGGUUGCCGUCCAUCCUUCGAACAUGUAUCUCGACACUUCCUUUUCGACUCUUCGAUUCGCGCUCAAGUGCAAAUCCAUUAAAAAGAAAGUCAGCGCCAACUUCUUCUCUCCGGAACAAUCUCUCAUCGCUCAACAGAAAAAGCUGAUUCUAAGAUUGCAGUCGCAGCUGAAGGCCUUGGCAGGCGCAGGCCUGUUCGAUCACUUGCCUCAACGUGCCGCACAAAGCCCGGAAAACAACGAAGAGGUUCAACAACUGAAGUUCCCCGACGCUGGGCCCUUGGCUUCGUUUUGGAUGUUCUUGUUUCAGGUCGACUUGGAGAAAAAGAUCAACAAAUUCCAGCAGUUCAUCAUGAAGGCCACGAAGCCCUCUCAAGGCAUCUCGGGAUUUGAAGGGUUCCGCCGUCUGGACACCCUGGCGGCGGCGAAGCAGAACCUCCGCACCAUCGACAAACUGAACAGCGGUGACAUCUACUCCGGCGAUGGCGCGGGAGUCAGCCUGACGAAGGCGUUUGGGUUCCUCGCCAGGAAGCAAGCGAGCAGGCUGAGUCGCGGCGGAACGGACUCCGAGUCGUACGGAUCCCUUUCUCUCGGGCAUCUGGACACAAUCGAGCCGGCCAUUGACGCAACGGUGCAAGAACUGGAAGACAUCGACGACCGCUACGAAGAGGCGGCGUCGUCCUCGGGCGAGGAGGGCGAGGAGGGAGGUCUUUCGGAGUCGGAGGCGCGCAUGAAGAAUGUCGACUGGGACGUGGACGCGGAGGAGGCCCCAGACCGGUCGCCCGCGAGGGUCAGGCUCGCGCUCAGCGACGAAGAGAGCUGCGAGGAGAAGGCGCGAAAGGACGACUCGGCGCCUUCCUCCAGAGGGGUAUCGCCGAGCCCUGAGCGCACCGAGAAGGCCGCUUCCAGUGCGGAGGCGGCGAAGAACGAAGUGCACCAUGCGACGGGGAAGAAGGGCGAGGGGAAAGUGAAGGCGACGGUCCGGAUUGUGGACGACGUAGUUCAAGUCGAAGACGUGGACCAGGCGUCGAGCCCAAGUCGCGUCAGCUUCGCCGGCGAGAAGAAAAAGGCUGCGGGCGAGGGCAUGAAGAAGUCUGCGUUGAAGAAGAGAAGCGAAAGCCCCGAAGGCAUCGAAGAGGCAGGCGCCGAGCUCGCUCGCGGCGUGUCCGUGGCGAAGCCCUCGCCGAAAUCCGCGCUGAAGAACCCGAAGAAGAAAGUGUCAAAGAAAAAGAUCGGGAAGUCAAAGCCCUCGACCGAAGUUUCGGAGAAAGUCGACAAGGCGGACGGCGAGGCCAGCGCGGCGUCGGAAGGCCUCGUCGACGAAGGCGAGGAAGACUUUGACGAUUCCGAGGAGAAGGAACAGCUGAAGGAAGACAAAAUGAAGAUGGAGGGAAAGGUCGUGCGCUUGCGGAGCGAAAAGAAAGUGCUGCUCGAAAAGCUGAAGAAGGCAAAGGCUCUCGGUCUCGAGGCCGUCUCCAGACUGACGUUCCGCUUCAAGACGGAGCACGAGUCCGUGAAGAAACUGCAGCAGCGCGUCCAGGACCUCAACCUCCAAGCGCGGUACAGCUCGGCGAUCCUCAACAAGUUGGGUCUCUCCGUUCUUUUCACCGCGAGCGUGCCGGCGGUCGAAAACCGCCCCAACAUGAAGCUGCAAAGCUCUUCUGCGUCGUUGCCGGAGAUCGACGACGACGAACAGCUGACUGACGCGCAAAAGAAGCUGUUCGAACGCACCACGCGAUUCGCGGAUUUCAUCAAGGCCUUCCAAGAGCAAGGCAUGCUGCCCGCGGAUAAGAUGGCGGCGGCCGGGAGAGGAUUCUCAGGAGAACUCGCAGCUGACUACUUCGACUUCAGUUCCUCUUCGGACGCCUUCAAAGGCCUCAUGUUCCCCGACAUCGAUCAAGUCAAGCCCCUCGCCUACGCGAUGAUCAACGACGUCCUUGCGCGUUUGAUGGUCAUGCAAGCCCAGGCCUCUCGAGGCCUCGUGGACGACGACACGGCGGUGGCUGAACACAGUCGACUUCUUGAGAACACUUUAAGCAUCAUGCGGGGGGAAGGGAUUCCCACUGCGCGCAGCACCCCCUCGGAACACGCCGAAGACAAACAGACACUGGAGCAGGUCGAGGAAGUUCUGGGGCUCGUCCCGAGCGCCAAGGUGCCCAGAGAGGACGGCGCGCCGGUCCUUGAGAGUAAAAUCAGCGAGGCGGACGAAGUCGAGCUGCAGACCAAUGAGGAGAAAAGGCAGAGAAUCGCGGAGAGUGUCCUGUCCUUGUUGACACCAUGGGAGCAAAACAUGCUCGCGAUGCUGUACGAGCAGCAGGAGAUGCGCCGGGCGCUCGGCGAGUUGAGAGACCACUUCUUCAACAAACUGAGGGAAAUGCAGCUGCGAUUCAAACGGGCCAUGCUGGAGAGGGUGGAGUUCUCGGACCACUGCGAACGCCUGCUGGGGGCGUUGAUGGACUUCAAGGCGGAGCUCCAGCGUCGCCAGGAGAAGAAGACCGUCGAGGAAGACACGAACGCGAAAUUCGGGAAGUUGAUGAGCAAGAUCGAAGAAAUCUCGAUCCAACUCUCUGAGCGGAACGUGGACUACCGCCUUCUCACCAGCGAAUACAAGGAGUUGAUGAAGCGAAACGAUUCCCUGAGGAAUCUGGUGGACAAGCUGAAGGUGGAGAAAGCCACGCUGCUUUUGGCACCCCAGUCCCUCCCGCAUUUCGAGGAAAUUAACUCGUCGACUGCGGAUUCGACCCUGCGCUCCCUGGGCUACGACGUCUGCAUUCUCCAACGCUACGGCUCUCGACUUUUGGUGGAGGUCGAGGAGGCUCGCGCGGCCGAAGCGGAGCUCCGCAAACUCAACGCCAAGCUGUACACCGAGCUCGCUGCGGCAAACGACUGCGUCAACGAUCUCAAGACCCACAUUAAUCUCGCAAACACUGUGCACACGCGCACUGUCUCCGGUCUUAAGACUCAGCUGGUCGAUCUCCAAGACGAACUCACAGAGAAGAACGCGCACAUCGACGAGCUUCAAGAUGAGCUGGCGGCGCUUCGCGAGCGCGUGGCCGCGCUCGAGAGCGCCCAGCGGGGACCCGCGGAAGAGGCCGCGCAGCUUCAGUCCCAGCUUUCGUCGGGCUCCACCAUCACCAAAGGUUCCAACUCGAUGCAAGGCAAGGAGGCGGUGACAUCCGACAAGGAAGAGGCGCGGUCGGCCAGCGACUCGGACGCGCACGGUCGAGACGAGAAGAAAAAGAAGGCGAAGAAAGGGGACGGAGCGAAGGCCAAAAGCAAGACGAAGGCAGCGGGCGGAAAGAAGACACGUAAGCCGGCAGCCCCAACGUCACUGCAGGUCGCGGCCGUGGGUCGCGCCGCGCCGGUCCUCGUGUGCGGCGCCCCUAGUUUCGCGUCCCGUCAGGGUUUCGCGUUCUUCCCCCGUUUCCCCCGCGAGUGGCAGCGUCUUCUCCCCGUCGCCGCAAAGUCCGUGACUCCUUUCUCCCGCUCCAUUUCUCUCGCUCUGGGUCCUUGGCCCCUCGGCUUCUUCUCAUUUCGCCCCAUUCAGCCUUCCGCGUGUCUUCGCCGCGUGCGUGCCCCUUGCACAAUUCCGUUCACAUGCCCCGCGACCGUUCGCGCCGCGGAGCGUGGCCCCCGUGCCUCCGCGACUUUGCCUCCUGUCCACCUGCUCGCGUUCCGUUUUUUCCAUGCGCUGUGUGGUUUCCCCGCCUCUUUCUGCCUCCCAGGAACCGCCAGCGCCUCACCCAGCCGCUCGGCGACCGCUGCACGGUCUGCCUCGAGUCGCCAAGCCUCUCCGGCCGCGCGCGGUCGAGUCGGCAACCCCGCGCCUGCUGCGCCGACGCCGGCGACUGCCAAGACCGCGAAGGCUCGCCCGGCAGGCACGCGGGCCGUGCCGGGGACGCUGACUGCCAAGAAGGCUGCGAGUCCGGCUUCGCCGUCGCAUGUGGACAGGGACAGUGGGGCGAGGGCGGAGCCUGCGAAACCCAAGGCGGCGGAGAAACCUGCCGUGGCAGCCCCUGUGAGUGCGCCUUCGUCGCCGGCGAACGUGAAGGCGCCGCCAAGUCCGGCAGCGCCUGCGCCCGCCCCGCAAACCCAGGCGGCCGAGCCGGUUCCGCCCGCACCUGUCGUCACCGUCGCGAAGGCGCCUGCGUUCACGGGAGAUCCCAGAGACAAAGGGUUUGGCAACAUGGCCGCGGCGUUGGUGAGACGACGCCCCGCCGCUUCCUAA